UAGGAUAUUGAGAGGAAUGGUUUGAAGUAUCAAUAGAAGUUCUCUUUAUGGACCUUGUGUAACCAACCUUGAAUUGAAAAGUAAUAAAAUGCUGACAUUGAAGUCUCAUGAGUCAUGACAGAUAAUUUUGCUUAACUAUGUUAAUUAUCAGAGAACAGACUAAGCUAAAAUAUUGCAUAGUUGUAAAAGUAAGUUGAAACAUAAAUGACCGCUAUAGAUUAAGAAAAGUGUCUCAGGAAAAUCUUCAUCUCCAGCAACAUCAUCAAUCUAUAUUUUUGUUUACUUUUAGAUCAUCAAGUUUUUCUUUUUUCAUUCACUGUUAACUGAUUUCAUGUUUAUACUUAGAGCAACUGAACCAAAAUUAUAUAUUACAUGUUUGUGUUGGAAAUUUUGGUAUGAAGAUAUAUAGGGAAGAAGAUGAUUAAAGAAAAUGUGAAAGGGAACACAUUUUUCAUUUCUUCUGUAAAAUAUAUACUGAUACAAAAGAGUGGCAGUCAAUACCAAAUUUCCAUUAUUUAAGGAAAUUUGUCCCCUAGUGUAGACCUAAAUUAAGUUCCACCACAAUUCAUUCAAGUACAUAACAAAAUAUCAUUGAACAAAAAGAACAAAAUACCAUUUCAUCAAUAAUAACUUCAAAAUUUUGGAACAAAUCAAAGAAAUUUUCUAGGAUGUGAUGAGUUUGAGAGAGGAGCAGCAACUUGAUAAUGCUGGUGUUGCUAGUCCUUGUUGCUAUUACUAUUAUUUUUAUUUGGUUGAUGGAUACAUUUUGUUGCAUUGGAAACUCUAUUUUCUGUUGGAUAAUUAUUAUUGCAAAACAAAGACGGUAAGUAUAAAUAAUAAGGAAAAAUAAAUAAAUACUGUGCUAUGGAGAACUACUGUCUUAGAAGUAAUUUUGCCUUUAUUGAUGUAAUUGAAAAAUAUAGUGCUUCCAAAUUCGUACACCUGAUUGAGGAAGGUAGAACACAAUUGAUAUUGUUCUUUUUAAGUUUAUAGAAAUAAGAUCAAAAAUAAUUUUAAAUGAAAAUGGUAGCAUUAGUCGCAUAUCCCAUAUACAAUGUUAUAACUACAUGUGUAACUUACUUUAUUUGUUGGCAUGUUUUGACAUAUGUAUUUUAAUUAUUUACGUAACUCUUUUUGAGGAUUUUGAGUAAUUGAUAUUGUUAUUACAAUUUUAGAAGAAAUUUAAUCAAGCAACGACAAUUUUCAAGAGUCCCAGAAUGAUAUAAUUAGAUUAUUUAAAGAUAUAUUUAUACUAAAGAAUGAGUGAUUUAAUUUGGGAGAAAUUUCAAAGAUUCAUUCUUAAUCAAACUAGCUCAUUUACAAAGUACUACAACGGCUGUUCAAAGACUUAUGUUAUGACUUCUUGAUGAAUAUAAGAGAACACUUACUUGUUCAAUGUGAAGAAAUUGGUUUUAGUACAAUUACCAUGUUUAAUUUGUGACUAAGUUUUUAAGGAGAAAUUAUUAUGGAAAACGUGAUUUAGAUAAUGUAUAAGAAUGGAGUUGUAAUUAAGUGAAUGAGUUGAAACUAAAUCGCAUUUUGUACGGUUUAUUCAUAGUGAGUUACUAUUUGAGUAAAACUCGUGAACAUCGAAAGAUCUUUUGAAUUGUAUAACCAACUCUAGUAUUCAUCUCUGUUUAUAUUUUUUUUUACAAUUAUUCAUUUAGUUGUAACUUAUGAACAAUUUUAGCUCAAGAUUAUAACAUAUUUUUUAUCAUAAAGCAACUUGUAAUUCAUGAAAUAGUCUUGAGAAAUGUAUUUACACCUUUCCUCCCAUCAACUCCGAUUAAAGGCGUCAGCAAAUCGCUAAGGGCAUAGGCAGAUGCUUUGGCUCCUCAAAUUAUAUUUUAAAAAUUUCUACUUUCACGCAAUCCGUUAAUGUUCUCGAUGUCUCUUUUAUCAUUGGUGAGGCCGGUACAUUUAUUAGGAAAAAGAAAACGACAUCGUUGCGGUAUGAAAUGAAUAACCAAUAAGAAGCGGACACGACAAGCAACCAAAACCCCCCAGUUGGGUUUUAAGGAACGUAGACUCAAGCCCUCCCCUUUAGCUUCCUUCCAUUGCAGAGCCGAAGACCUCAAAUCCAUUUAAAAAAAAUAAAAAUGGAGGGAAUAUCGUACCAGCGAUUCCCUAAGGUUAAAAUCCGAGAGCUGAAGGAUGACUACGCUAAAUUUGAGCUUCGCGAUACCGAUGCCUCCAUGGCCAAUGCCCUCCGUCGUGUUAUGAUCUCCGAGGUCCCCACCAUCGCUAUUGACCUCGUCGAAAUCGAAGUCAACUCCUCCGUCCUUAACGACGAGUUCAUUGCCCAUCGCCUCGGUCUCAUCCCUCUCACCAGCGAACGCGCCAUGUCUAUGCGCUUCUCCCGUGACUGUGACGCUUGCGACGGUGACGGUCAGUGCGAGUUCUGCUCCGUUGAGUUCCAUCUUCGCGCCAAAUGCAUUUCCGAUCAAACCCUCGACGUUACCAGCAAGGAUCUCUAUAGUUCCGACCAUACUGUUGUUCCCGUCGAUUUCACCGAUAACGCUGGCUACGAUUCCACUGAGCCUAGAGGGAUUAUUAUUGUGAAGUUACGGCGAGGGCAAGAGCUGAGGCUGAGGGCAAUUGCGAGGAAAGGGAUAGGGAAAGAUCACGCCAAAUGGUCACCUGCUGCGACCGUGACUUUUAUGUAUGAACCUGAGAUUCAUAUCAAUGAGGAUUUGAUGGAAAGCUUGACGCUUGAAGAGAAGCUAAGCUUUGUUGAGAGCAGUCCAACUAAAGUCUUUGACAUUGACCCAAAUACCCAACAGGUUGUGGUGGUUGAUCCAGAGGCGUAUACCUAUGACGAUGAGGUGCUAAAGAAAGCUGAAGCUAUGGGAAAGCCAGGUCUUGUGGAGAUAUAUGCCAAAGAAGACAGUUUCAUCUUUACAGUUGAAUCCACUGGUGCGAUCAAAGCUUCUCAGUUGGUUCUUAAUGCUAUAGAAAUCCUGAAACAGAAGCUGGAUGCGGUUCGCCUGUCUGAGGAUACUGUGGAAGCUGAUGAUCAGUUUGGCGAACUAGGUGCCCAUAUGCGAGGAGGAUGAUCUGCUUGUAAUUAAGAACUAGCCAUUGACAUUUGUAGGUUUCAGAAAAGGCGUGUUUCCAUCUAACUAACUUCCUUUUGUUUAAAACUCUUGAGAUAUUUUGGGUAGAACAGACUACUUGUUUUCCUUGAUGAAAAUUGUCAGCUAUAUGCCAUCUGUUUUAAACUUAAAAGCCAGCAAAGCAUGGACUGACAAAUGAUUUAGCCUGUGGCUUAUUACUUUGUCCAAACUAUCAGCCUUUGUAUUUAUGUUUCUGGCUAGUUGGUUCUUGCCACCAGUGAUUCAUCAGUGAGCUUUUAGCUGGUUGAAA